AUGACCGUGCUCUGUUUGGCCUUUGUUGCCAUGGUGUGCUCACAAGUGAGCGAUUGCUUCAGGCCACUUGAGAGGGAGGUGGUGCAGAAGAGAACAUUCACCAGAUGGAUGAAUCUACAUCUAGAGAAGUGCAACCCUCGUAUGGAGGUGCGGGAUCUGUUUUGUGAUAUCCAGGAUGGAAAGAUUCUGAUGGCUCUACUUGAAGAACUCUCAGGAUGUAAACUGCUGCAUGGCUUUAAGCCAUCCUCGCAUCGUAUUUUUAGGCUCAAUAACAUCGCCAAGGUAUUGACAUUUCUGGAAGAAAGAAACGUGAAAUUAGUCAGCAUUGAUGCAGCAGAUAUUGCAGAUGGCAAUCCAUCCAUAGUGCUUGGGCUUAUCUGGAACAUCAUACUGUUUUUCCAGAUCAAAGAACUCACGGGGAACAUUAAGAGUCAGUUCCCUUCCUCCUCCAGCCUGUCAUCCAUACCCACCAGCUCUGAUUCAGACACUUCCCACUCCAGCACGCCCUCAGAUGACAGAAAACCCACCAUUGCUCCAAGAGGUCAUGGAAGGGUGAUCAAGACCCUCCUGCAAUGGGUCCAGAGACGUACUAGAAAAUAUGGAGUUGCUGUGCAGGACUUUGGAAAGAGCUGGACAAGUGGUCUGGCUUUCCUUGCUGUGAUUAAGUCGAUUGACAAUAGUUUGGUAGAUAUGAGAAGAGCGCUGCUCCGAACGCCCAGAGAGAACAUUGAGGAAGCCUUCAGAACAGCACACUACAGUCUUGGGAUCCCAAGACUCCUAGAACCUGAAGAACCAUCAUCUGAUGAUUCUUCAUGUUUGGAAAGUGACUCAGGAUACUUUCAGGAUAAUAAGGAAGCCAUGACAGCUCAACCUGAAAAUGAGAGUCUACUCACUUCCACUGUUGAUGAAGAAGUGAGUGGAGUUCUGGAAUCUGAAGCUUUUCAGGACAAUGUUGAGUAUUCCAAUACAGAAGCCAUGCAGAGGGACACUCUCGAUUUGAGGGAUGGACCUGAGGAGAAGCCUUUCAUAUUUGAGGAUCACAGUGAGCCUGAAUGUCCAGUUCUGCAGUACAAGAGGGUUUCUAUAUCAGGAAGUGAGGAGGAUAUUAAACUGUGUGCUGAUCAUGCUGAAGAACCAACAGAGGAACCAGGCAAAAACCUUCCAAAUGGUCAUUCUGAAACCAACGAGAAUAGUGACCUCCGUGAUAGGGAACAAGAAGCUGUCUUGGAAAGUGAGGUGAAGGAUGUGGUAUUUGAGGAGCCAGAAGAACCUAUCUCAGAUUGGAGCCAAACAGAAGUUGAGAUUCCUGAUGAAGAUCAAGUGUGUUAUAUGUGUGGAGGUCCUGUGGCAAAAAGCUCAGCUGAAUCAAGCGAACAGGGUGACGAUUGUCUGUCCCAUUUAAACUCAACUGAGAAGGAUUGUAAUUCAGACUUGAGACAUUUCAGUGAAUCAGAAGGAAACUUUGAGGACAAUCCAAGGGAAAAGAACAAUGAAUUAAACGGAACUGUAUGUGAUCUCAAGAAUGAGCCAAGAGAGAGUAAAGGUAUUCAUGAAGAUCUGCUUAUUAUAGGAAAGAGCCCCUUGGAAAAUGGGUCAGAUGGCAUAAGGAGGACAGAGUUCUCUCACAAUACAAACAGUGAAAGCCAAGCUCAGGUUUCAGACAAUAUGGAGCCUAGAGGGGUCAAGGAUAACAGACCUGUAUCAGUAGUGGACUCCCACUAUGAUGUUCUGAAUUCCGUCACUGAGACCUUUGUGGAGCCUCUUUCUGACACCAGCAUCCAUGAUGGAGAAAACGACUCUACACUGUCCCAAAGCCUGCACAGACUGCAUCCAGAAGUGUCCAGCACUGAACUACCAAUUGAAGAGGAGACCACCUUUGAGGACUCAAAGUUUGUUAUUGGUGUCCGUGGGUACCCUGAAAGACGUCCUGCAGAGCUACGCCUGUCCCUCAGCAUGACUCCGCUUCAGCCGGCACCUCCUAAGCGUUCACUUACUGAAUCGGAUACAGACACUGAAGACACAUCAGAGGACCACGGCAAGGGAUUUAAGUCGAGAAAGGACAGAGCGGGAUCCAUGCAUAUCCAGGAGCAAAGCCCGUUUGACAGGCACCCGGGAGAAUGGGGCGCGGUGGAGCCUGAUUCACCCGCUGAGCAUUGUGAGCUCAUUAAGACAGAUGACAACCUGACCAUCAGCGCUGGUGCCAGAGAAAACACUGGGGCUAUGAGGGAAGGAGCUGUGACGGAUGCAAGCCAACCUUUGACUACUAUACACUUGAGAAAGGUCAUUGACAUCACUGAAUCAAAGGGACAAAAUGGGAAGGCCUUAGACCGCAGCAAAGUGGACAGUACCAUCAUAAAUAAAAGGUAACUAAAACUAUAUAUUCAUACUGAAUAUCUUCAAGACGGAUUUAGAUAAA